AUGAAAGCAGCUGAUGAGGUGAAGAAGUUGUCGAAGCAACCUAGCGAUCAAGACAUGCUGGAAGUUUAUGCUCUUUACAAGCAAGUUACCGUCGGAGAUUGCAACACAGGUAAUAAAACAAAUUAUUGCCUUCAUGUUGUUUCAGAUCGUGGCUGUUGAUGGUUUUAGAAAGCUACUUAACGGUAAUUUUCAGACGAAAACAUUCGUCAGUCACUGAUCCUAUGACCCUGUCGCUAUAAUAACCUUUGAUCUUAUUUUGUGAUUUCAUCGGACUUUAAACCUUACCAAGCUUUGUAUUGCAGUUUCCUUAACAGACAAAGAUCUAAUUGGUCUUCUUUGGUCUUAUGAAUGUUAAACCAGAGUAAACAUGUUAUUUGCGAGAGUUUUCUUAAAUGCCCUUGAAAGACCUUACACCAUAAACACGCCCCUUAAUUUCUCAAUCCUUGGGCAUUGUUUUUAGAAAUCCAAUUGACAUAAUUUAAUUCAAUUUUCAUCUGGCUCAUAAUUCGUUUGAGCUAUUGCAUUUAUUUUUCUCAUGAAGUUGAAGCACUCUCAUUGGCUUAAACCCAUAGAAAAAGGGGAAAAAAAUGUUUCCUAACAUAUUUUCCAAUGUCAUGGUAUUUCUCUGAAUGCAAAUGAGACUGAUCAUGACACAUGCAGUCUGGCCUGGUAGGACUAAAGUGGUGCUUCAUGAAAGUUAGCAAUUAUCAGUCACAGAGACCGCAAAAAAUCAGGCUUUUUUUACGACAGGGUGAGAAGAGGCAUAACAUAUGAUUUAGUGAAUAAAUUUUAUUUGAGACUGAAGCACCAAGCUUGAGUAUUAACCCUUUACACCCUAAGAGUGAUAAGCAACUAAUUUCUCCUUGCUGAAUCACUCAUUAAGGUCAUGAAAAUAAAGAAAAUGAUCACCAACUAAAGAAGUUCUUGAUUGUUAAUCCUCUAGCUCCCAAGAUCUGAUUGUUAAAUCUCCCCUGUAGCUGCCAGACAAUUCCCUGUAAAUUAGUUAUGAGAACUUAUUGCUAGGUCAAGAUAGCAGCUUCUACCUGAUAAGUUUGAAUAUUCUUGUUACCUGUUUGCUGAAUAAUGUAUGGAUAUUGUGGGGAGAAGUUUUGUGUUAAUCACUUCUGGGAGUUGAAGGGUUAAACAAAUUCUCCAUGUCAGCACCUUAAGAAAUGUAUAAAAAACAGUAUGGGAAUAUGCAUACUGAUAUUAGGGUGUAAAUGGUUAAUCCCUAGCACCCAUAAGUGACUAAGAGAGAAUUUCUCCUCACCAUAUCAAUACAACAUUAAGCAGAAAAGUAAUGAGAAUAUAGAAAAAUAUCAAUUAGGGGAUUAUUAGUUGCUCUGAUACCAAAUUCUCUGAACUAACAUCAUAAGAAAUCUAUGGCAGGGAACAAUAGGAAUUAUCAAUAAGAUUUUGGGAGUGAAAAGAUUAAAAAGGCCGCAUCUCAGGCAUCUUAAGAGUGAAGAUAUUGAAAAGGUAGCAUCACAAGCAAAGUCUUGUGGUGCUCUUGCUCAGUUUAAAUUGAUGGUAAAUUUUUUUGCAAACUGGGGUGGAACUUGUGAAAAACUGGAAGCAGAGCUGUCAAAACUCAAUUGUUCAAGGUGUAGACGAUCUAAUUAACAUGGGACUGUAUACAAAGGACUAUAGUUUUAGUAUGGCAAACUUAAUUAUUUUGCUCAAGAACUAUUCAUAGUCUUUUAAGACUGAUAUAAAUGUCUAAUAAAUCCUUGAAUUAGCAUCUUCCCUUGAAAAUGUGCCUCCUUCACAAUAAUUUUAAGGCAAAGUCUUAUUCUAAGAACAUCUAAGUUUAGCCAAAGGUGUGAAAUGCUGUUAUUUGUGAGCAGUGUUGAGAAGGUCACUAUUAUGGUACAACUGAAAAACUAACUUAUAAUUAAUACACUAUUAUCCAAAUAAAAACUUUUUAUAUCACUGAUGAAAGCUGCUUUCCUAGAAUACUGUAUCUCAUUUAAAGCUAUAAUAAUGAAGUUUACAUUUAAAUUUGCUUAAAUAAAAACUUUUGAUUAGAGUUCAUGAAAAUGACUGUUCAACAGCAAAGCACCUCAAUAGUUGGUGUGAGGUGAUGAAGUAAGAUCAUUGGGUGAUACUCAAAAUCGAGUGAUAAUCGAGAUUGUACAUAUUCAGAGAUCAAUCCAUGUCAAGUUUUGUUCAUCAUAACAGAGUUAGGUACUAGUCUUUGAGGUUUUGCCAGCAUCUCAUCAAUAUCCUUCUUAUUGUUUAUGCACAGUAAAAUACAGGCUGCCCAGUUUUAGAGCUUUUGUAGUUUUUCACAUAGGCUGAUACCACAGGUGUCCAAAAUGAUGUCCCAAUAGAAGGACAAAUUCACAAAGGAUAUGUCAAUAAUCCUCAUAUUCCUUUCAGACUUAAGCCAAUGCAAACUGUUAUUUCAAGUUUUAAAACCCAAUUUGUAUUAACUGCAGUUCUGAUGAAUGUAAACAAUUGUUUUCCAAUUCUAUGGUGUAGUAUCUAAAUAAUUUCCUUGCAACCUUUCUCUUAUUGGCAGAAAGACCUGGAUUUUUAGAUAUGACUGGAAAAGCCAAAUGGGAUGCCUGGAAUGGCAAGAAAGGUACUGCAAACCAUUGUAAUCCAAAAUCUAAGCUAAAAUGCUUAUUCAAGGUAGAAUUGUAAGCUUUGGAAACAGCAUGUAAUAAAAUUAAACUUUGUUAUGGAGUAUUAUAACUGUCUCACAUUAGAGCUACUUCUGAUGUGUUUCAGGUUUUUUUCUUACUGUUUACUAAAAGUCUCAGGGAAAGAUCUAUUCCCUAUCCCUGGCAAUCAACUUAUAAUUGCUUAUUUAAUAAAUGGAACACCAAACAAUUCUCACAGGAAUUGAGAUUGUGAUUGAUAUGGGCACUAAUGCAACUAACAUUUUCUAACUGGUGCCUGAAAGUUCUGGUCAAGUAGCCACCUUGGUGACUUUACUUCUGUAUGUUCUAAAAUAACAUUUAAACUAGUCAAGUUCAACAGGUACCUCAUAUUUUCUAGUUUUACUUCCAUCUUCAGAGAAAAAAAAGGAAAUGUGCAAAAAUAAACUAUGUUGACAUUGAACAACUCCACAUUUUAACAUGCAUUAUGCAUAGGUGAUGUAUGUUGCUCUUUUUCAUGUGUUGUUGUACAGCUAAAUUUGUGGUACUCACAAGUACAUUCAGAUGCAACUUUUAAAUUUCAUUUUUGGUGACCAUUUUGUGCUUCUUAGGUGCCAAAAGGUGAUUAAAGAAUAUUUUUUUGUUCAGGACCCUGUCUCAACAAUACUUGCAAAAGCUCACAGUAAUUCCACUUGACUUAUUACUCGUUGGAGUAAUUGUUGUAACCACAGUGCUUAAUUACAGCUGACAUGUUACAUAUGUAACAUCUUAGACUCAGUUAAAUUCAUUCCCUCUUUGGUAAUUCUCUUUUGGUAGCUUACCAUCUGUGCAAGUUGUAAAAGAAGACAACUCAAAACAUUGCUGACAUUACCCCUUGUUAACGUGUCACAUUUGCUACUUUUUCUUUCACCAGGUACACCCAAAGCAGAA